AUGGACAAGAUCAAGGAGCGCAUGGUUGCCCUCCGCGCCGAGGCUGACGAGGCUCAUGAGCUUGUCGAUGAGCUCAAGGCCAAGGUCAAGACCUUGGAACAGGAGAAUUUGUCUAAGGAACAAGAGAUCACAUCCCUCAACCACCGUAACCAGCUCCUGGAGGAAGAGGUUGAGAAGGCUGAGGCCGCCCUGAAGGAGGCCAAGGAUGCUGCCAGCCAGAGUCUCCAGCACGACACCCAGAACGAGGCCCUUCAGCGACGGGUGCAGCUCCUCGAGGAGGAGGCCGAGGAGAACGACAAGACUCUGCGGGAAACAAACGAGAAGCUCCGCCAAACCGACAUCAAGGCUGGUCACUACGAGCGGAAGGUGCAGGCACUUGAGGACCAACACGCCAAGCUGGAGCAACGAUACGAGGAUGCGAUCAAGGAGCACAGCACUGUCAAGAAGGAGCUCGACGACCUUGCAUCCCAGAUGGCUGAUAUCUAA